AUGAAGGUCUCAGAGAUCAAGGACGAGCUCUUCAGGAGAGGAAUCUCGUUCCAAGGGCUGUUCGAGAAAGAAGAGCUAGUCAGAGCUCUGGUCAAGGCACGAGCCGAACAAACCUCGGACCUGGACUCCUUGGACGUGCUCAAGGACCUCGGGGGCACCGUUGUGCCCAUGAAGAGGACAAGGGCGAGAGAGAACAGCCUUGGGUCGGAGGUUCGGGUGGAUGAGAAGGACUACUUCUCUAUCGCUGUGUCACUUCCUGAACUCAAAGUCAGCAGAGCCGAGUUUGUCAUCGACACCGCGUCCACCCUCUCCAUCGUCGUCCCGAGUUUCGCGAGGACGACGCAGGCGCAGGCCACAGGGAGGACAGCCUCUGUCAACGCAGCAACGGCAGGAGGGCAGCAGCUCAGCCAGGUCAGCCUGGGAAGGACUGAGAUCAACGUCGGAGGGAGCAGAGUUGAAUGUGGGAGGUUGGAACCGAUCGUGAUGGAUCUUCCUGUGAAGGACGGGGUGGCAGGACUGCUGGGGGUCGACUUCCUGCUCAGGUUCGACGCCCUCUUCGAUCUCAAGGAAGAGCGAGUCGCGCUCGCCCGGCCCAACACGAUCGUGUCGGGCGCCUUGGGGCAGCAAGGCGCGCUCAGGGCGAUGGAGCGGGCAGGGCUGGUAGAGGUUCCCAUGUUCUUCCUGCCUCCUCCUGCAGGCUUCUAUGUCGUCAAGGUGAAAAUUGAGGUGGAAGGAAGAAGCUCUCCCGUCAUGUCAGCGGUGGUCGACAUGGGGUCGACCUUCACAGUCAUCAACACACCAGCAGCGCGAUCGGUCGGGGUGGACGAGGGAAGCCCGCUCCUACGAGACACGAACUCAGUGCUGUCAGGAGCAACUUUGCCGGGGCAGACUUUCUCUACCAUCAGGUUCCAAGAGGGAGCGCUGAAGCUGGGCAAAUGCAAAUGCUGCGUUGCAGACCUUCCCGCCUUCGUGAUGUUGGGGAUGCGCGACCGACCAGCGAUGGUCCUGGGACUUGACGUCCUGGGAGGGUCAAGGGGAAGGUUCGGUUUUUCCGCUUCUGGCAAGAGAGCAUGGAUAUCACCGAUGGAAUGA